UUGAGUUUUGAAGAAUUUCGAUCAUUGAUACAAAGUAAAGACAUCCAAAUUAUUGAUGUUCGUGAACCAGAUGAAAUAGAACAAGAAGGAUCCAUUCCCAAUGCUGUCAAUAUACCACUGAAAGAAUUAUCAUCUGCUCUGUCUCUGCCACCUGACAAGUUUCAAGCUCUGUAUUCAUUAGACAUUAGUGAACCUGAAGACAACAGACUGGUUUUUAGCUGUCGUUCAGGAGUACGAAACAGUAUGGCUUUAACAAUAGCUUUAGAACUAGGCUUUAUUAACUCUCGUCAUUAUGGUGGUGGAUACUCAGAAUGGUCUGAAAGG